CGAGGCCUCGGAGGGACAACCAAGUGAAUGAAGGUUUAAGUGGUGUCAGGAGCCACGGUGUACCCUUUGACCCAGUGAUGCACCGGCUGCCUCUGUGUGACUGUUUGUUGCCACAACGUGCUGCUGCUGUGUGCUGCCGAGAUAAGGACACUAUUUACUGUUUAGAGAAGAAGAGUGGUUUGCAUGUUAUGAGCAUGGAGAACUGUAGAAGGGACUGGAACAAGGUGAAGAAGAAAAUAUCAAGAUGUAUUGCUAUACUCCAGAGGGAUCUUCCAGACAUCCACAUAUCAGAGUAUCCGACUAAGCACAUCUUCAUAGGCAAUGCUGGACUGACAACAAAUGCUGAUGAGUCUUCCUUAGUAGAGCUAAUCACCUCUGUUGGCUGUGGUCUAGAGGCCCUCACACUUCUACCAGGAAAACAGUACAGCUUUGCAUCCUUCACCUCCCAUGACCAGGCUAGGACAGUGCUGGUGGCAGCUCAUGGCCAUCUAGGAGUGCAGGGCUCCACUUCCCCUGUUUAUAUGGCCUAUGUUGACAAGGUACCAAUGGACCCUUCACCCAUCAAAUUUAGGUUCCCACCGGGCCUGUCAGUCCUGGAAGAUUUUGUUUCUCCUAAGGAGGAGCUACUGCUGAUGAACCUGGUUGACUGGGGUGCCUCACCCUCUACCGCAGCUCAAGGAAGUGUCUUGAAGCACCGUCAGGUUCGUCAUUUUGGUUAUGAGUUCCAGUACAGCACCAACUGUGUGGAUAAGAGGCAGCCACUGGCCCAGGGAAUGCCUCCAGCCAUUGACUUUUUGCUAAGGAGAAUUGUGGAUCGAGGUUGCAUGCCAUCCCUGCCUGACCAGCUUACUGUCAACAGAUACUUACCUGGGCAAGGCAUCCCACCCCAUGUUGAUACUCACAGCUCCUUCACGGAUGAGCUGCUCUCACUCAGCCUCGGCGGUGGUGUUAACAUGGAUUUUCGUUAUGUUGGUGGUGGUGGCAGUAACAGCAGUACUAUUGAAGGAAGCAAAGACAAGCCACCUCACUAUGUGGUAUAUCUCCCCCCAAGAUCACUUUCUGUCAUGACUGGCCCAGCAAGAUACGAGUGGUCACAUGGCAUUUGUCCACGGAUGACAGAUGUGGUGGCCAGCAGGAAUAGCAUCACAGGGCUCCAGCUACUGCCACGCCAGGAGCGCAUCUCUUUCACUUUCAGGAAGAUUCGGCAUGGGGAGUGUUCCUGCCAGAAUGCCAGAGUGUGUGACUCUCAUGGCAAGGAGCAGAAGAAGGUGUCAGUGACAUGUUCCUUCCUAUCAGACUCCAGUAAGGAUGAAAGCAAGCGGAGCACAUCCCCCUACGAGCUGCCCAGUGACAGGUCAGCUGCUCGGAUCGAGAGGGAACAUGUGCUGCAAGUGUAUGACCAGAUAGCAGAGCACUUCAGUGUCACUCGCCACAAGCCUUGGCCACAGGUUCUAGAGUUUGUAUUGUCCCUGCCCCGAGGCUCACUGCUGUUGGAUGUUGGUUGUGGCAAUGGCAAGUACAUGGGCCACAACAAGCAGGUGUUCCAGGUGGGUUGUGAUACAAGCUUUGAAUUGAUGAAAAUCUGUAACAAUCAAGGUUUUGAAGUUUUGACUAGCAAUUGCCUCCAGUUGCCAUACCGGGACUAUGUAUUUGAUGCUGCUGUGUGUAUUGCUGUAAUUCAUCAUCUUGCAACGGAAAAGCGGCGGCUUGCUGCUGUUCGGGAGAUGGUGAGAGUGCUGAACGUGGGAGGACAAGGCCUGAUCUAUGUGUGGGCCAUGGAGCAGCGGCGUGGGGAAAAGAAGUCAACUUACCUCAAGCAGAACAAGGAAGGUAGUGUUGGUGCAGAGAUGAUCAAGGAUCAGAACAUUGAAGAAAAGCCAUCGCCUAAUUAUCAUCACGAUAGAGGUGUUCAAAAAAAUGAGGUGGUUAGGUCUGGAGCCACCUCUCUUCCGGUACAUGUCAACCGCACUGAAUUCAUGCAGCAGGAUAUGUUAGUGCCAUGGAAAUUGAAACCUCCUAAGAAGAAUGAGUCAAGGUGUGAGAGGAGGCGGUGUGACAGAGGCUGUGGAGUGGUUCAUGGCUCAAGGAGCAACAGGUCACAGAGUAGUGAAUCCACUGUUGACUCACCACAAAUUACAAACAAUUGUGAUGUUUUACCUUCACAGGAAAAUGUAAGAUGUGAUAAUUGUCACUCCAAGUCCAGGAAAAAAAUGGUCUGUGCUGAAAGCAGACCAGACCAAGUCUUCCACAGGUACUACCAUGUCUUCAAACAAGGAGAACUGGAAUCAUUGUGCAGUCAGCUAAAUGUCAAGGUUAUUAAAUCUUACUAUGAUGAAGGUAAUUGGUGCAUUAUAUUUCAAAAAUCAAGUUGAAAACAACAUAAUUUUGUUUUUGCAUUUAUAUGUAGUAUAAAACUGCUUUUAUAACCUAAAUAUCAUAAACACUUCAGAUUUUAAGUGAGAAGGAAAUCAUAAAUGUUAAAAUGACAAUAAGCAGCGAGCUUAUGACUGGAAGGAGACCUUUUGUUUUCCCAUACAGAAACUUCCUUCAUGGAAGAGACCAUCAUACUAAGAUCUUUAUGCUGUAUGCUGUAAUGUUGCAUCAGUUGUGUGGGAGAAAAAGUAAGGACUUCACUACUCACAGAGAAUGUGUUGUCUCCAACACUAGACACACAUGUCUCAUGAAGUGUAGUUUUUUUUUUUUUUUUUUUUUUUUUUUUUCUGGUAACUUUUUAUUGCCAGGAUUUCUGGAAAUUCAUAAUUUUUACAUAUAGAUUAUCUGCCAUUCUGCUUUGGAUGAUGUUUCUUUUCUCUCCAAUUCAAAUUCAUUGCUCUGAAAAGGCAAAACUGACAGACAGACUGUGCACUCUUAGUAAUAUAGAUACGUAUGUACCUACAGUGGUGGGAUUCAGCCAGUUUGCGUCAGUUGGUAAGAACCUGUUCUUGGAAAUUAAUUCAUCCGAAGACCAGUCAUUAGCAUGGUUAGUUGUUAGAAACUGGUAGUGAGAGAACAUGUUUUCAAGAAUUUUGAAUCCCACCAGUGCAUAGCUAGGUAGUGAACUAUGGUAGCAGCAUGCUACUGAAUAUCCACACUUGGUAUAGAACAGCUAUAAAGAGGGAAUGAAACUCAAGCUUAUAAGUGGUACUCGUAGUUUGCAUUGGAAUGAUUAAUAGUGCUUCUACAAAAGUGCUGGAAAACUCCUAACAAUUAUAACUGAAUUGACAGUGAAGUAUGUCUGGUCUUCUAAUAACUUAUAAGCAGCACUGCAAGGUAUUCCAGUGUUUUCCCAAGAGAAGGAAACACUGAUAUCUAGAAUACAGUACUCUGCUGUGAAGUGAAGUUGAUACACACUUGCCUUCCCAAUGUGUACAAACAUUUCUUAGGCCAGAUGUGUGACAUCCCAGAAGUGACAAAGCUGUCAUGUGUCUAACCAUUCAAGAGCAACCCCAAGUCCAAAAGGACAACCUCACACAAAGUAUCUGUCAAAGUAUUCUACAAUGUGUGUGUGAGAAGAUGAAGAAAAUCCCUCAGUAUUAGGAGAUCUAUGAUACAUUUUGCAUAAUCAAAUUGGUGUACUUCAUGGCUCAAUACAACAUUAUGCCUUCAACUGUGAGCUUCAGCAUUGAUUAUGAAACAUACAAUUAGCAAGAAACCCAUUUUCAUACAUUUUUAUCGUGUUGUGAUAACUAGGCUUAAUCAAUUCACUCUUCACUGCCAAACAGCACUGCCAUCCUUGUACAGUGUAGCCUGAAACCAUUUUUAGCAUUUUUAUACAAGUAACUUGUAGAGAUAUUUGCAAAACUAGUGACUAAAUAAAGAAGUGCAGCAUUUCCAGUCUCACAGUAAUUUUGUUUAAUGCUCAAGCAAUGUGACUGCCAGAGCCAGAGAUGAUUCCUUUACUAGCUUUGCAUUUUGAUUUGUAGAAGUUGGAUAGUUUGUUAAUAUUUCUUUUCUCAUUUCACAUUUCAUAAGCUCACUUUAGCUGUGGAUUGCUGCUCAGCUAAAUGAGACUCAAGUGAUCUCUGUUGCAUUUUAUUGAUUGACUAUAAAAUGUUAGUGUUAAGAGCAGGUAAAUACAUAAUAUCAAUACCUUUUUUUUUCUUUUUAGUAUGCAAAUAUGCAUUCAGCUGCAUAUGUGCAUUAUAUGUUGUUAUUGUAUCUUAUGUGAUUAUAAAUCUAACCAAUGAUACACUGAUUGUUGUCUGAGUGGCUACUGUAAUCUAGUCAUUUUAUGUUCAGUUGUUAAUUUGCUCACAUGUAGUGUGUGUGUGUGUGUGUGUGUGUGUGUGUGUGUGUGUGUGUGUGUGUGUGUGUGUGUGUGUGUGUGUGUGCGCAGGUGUCCAUGCAUAUGUGCAUCUGUGCUUAUGCACAGAAAGUUGUCAGGUAACUCUUGUGUAUUCUGUAGCCUGAGUAGAAUAGGAAUAUUCAUAAUAGUUGUGAGAAUGUGAACAUUAAACAUUGAUGAAUGGAA